GUAAUCCAUGAUAUAGAGGUUAUGUUUUUAUUUUAAAAGUAAAUUAAAAUAAUCAUAAGAAGGUUCUCAAUAAUAAGUGUAUGUUUUGUAAGAGAACCUUUACUUUUAAAAGGAGCUAUUCUCCAUUCAUAUUAAAAUCCGUACAGGAGAAAAGUCAGAAACAGCUUGGUGCAUCAUCAAAAAUUAGAUAUGGAUAAGCUUCCAAUUACAUGUUUCAUCAGAGAACCGGACGUUCCGCUCCAUACCGGAAAAAAAAUGUAUGAGCAUGCGUGUCAAGUGUGUCAAAAAAGAUAUUCCCGUAAACGAAAUUUAGAUCGACAUAUGCUCAUCCACUCGAAGGAAAAUCCAUUGAAAUGUGAAACCUGUGGACGGAGAUUUCUUAAAGAAGAUCAUUUGAGGCUUCAUGAAAUGGAGCAUACGGGCGAACGUCCAUUUGAAUGUUCGUUUUUUGGCAAACGUUUCAUCCAAACAUCGGACUAUAGCAGUCACAAUUGCAUCCAUACGGAGAAAAAAUCGUACGAAUGUAAAAUUUGUUCGCGCAGAUUUUCACGUAAAUAUUCUCUUAAACAACACAUGCAGAAACAUGCACAAAACUGAUGGAAAUAAAAAUGUUAAACU